AUGAACCAGGAGUUCUCGCUGGAGGUCCGCUCCGCUGCCCACGCGGUUGUUCGGUUAUAUGGUUUCCUUCUCACAGUGCCGCCUGAACCCGGGACGGCGGACGACGAGCUCGAUAUGAGCUGCCCCGGCGACGACGAGCUGGUGGAAAUGGAAUACUCCCCCGAGGGCCGGCGGUUUCUUGGAGGCCCGGCGCCGUGGUUCGCCGCCGCGGGGUGCACGGCCGGCUGCAUGCGGGUCGCCGUCGUGGAGGACGACCAAGAAGAAGCAGCAGCAGACAGCAAGGAGAUCCUGGUGCUCUACCGCUACGCCCCCUUCUCGGUAUCAUCGGACGGCGUGGUCGCGCGAGGGAGCACCAGGGCGCACCUGCUCCGGUUCAUGGCCACCGGCGACCACACGGCGAGGUCGCUGGCGUGGGCCGGGUCGUCUCUGGUCCGGCUGAUAUACCCCGGUGACUUCAGCGAGCAGCUCCAGGAGCUAUGGUCGAGCCUGGCGUCGCAGGUGAGCGUGCUGCCGCGUGCCGCGCGCGUCGAGGUGUUCGUCGACGUCGGCGUCCUCCGGAGGUCGGUGUUCGUCGACGACAGCAUCCUCCGGAGGUCGUACUACACGCCCGAGCGCAUGGAGUGGAUGCGCUCCGUGCUGGAGGAGACGGUGGAGGAGCCGUGGCCCGUGCGCUUCACCGGCAUGGAGCUGCACCUGCCGGAGCCGAUGCGGCGCGACCAUGAUAAAGACGAAGCCGCCCUCGAUGACGAUGACACGGACGCCGGUGAACGGCCAGCAAAGCGAAGGAGGGUCGUCGCCGCCGGGGACGAUUGCCCCGUCUGCUUGCAGCUGCUCGAGGGCGACGACCUCGUCGCGUGGCCCGGGUGCGGCAAGCCCCACGUCUUCCAUGGCGCGUGCUUGGAGCGCGUCCUCGUGGAGAGCAAGACGUGCCCUAUUUGCAGGCGCGCGCUGUACGUCGAGCCUAAAUAA